GCGAUAUCGCGGCUAGGAAAGCACCUACUAUGAUGAUCGUCUAAUACCUUUUCCUUUCAAUCUCUCUCUCCAAAACAUUCACUUCUCCUCCAUGCUCUUGCAUCUACAUGUUCUUUUAUCACAUUAUUUCCCUUUAGAUGGCGCCUGAAGUGGUAACGAGAAAGGAGUAUGGUCCAAAGGUUGAUAUUUGGUCACUCGGUAUCAUGGCCAUCGAAAUGGUAGAAGGAGAGCCUCCAUAUCUAAAUGAAAAUCCUUUGCGUGCCCUCUACUUAAUCGCUACUACGGGAACUCCACAAUUGCAACAUCCAGAAUCACUCAGUGACCACCUACAAGAUUUUUUGAAAAAGUGCCUGGAAUCAGAUGCUGAAGCAAGACCCUACGCAGAGGAAAUAUUAGAUCAUCCCUUCAUCAAGCGUGCUGAUCCUGUUCGUAACCUGGCUCCAUUGAUUAAUGCUGCUCGUCGCGCAAACCGCUCCAGUACCCGCGUAUAAGACAGUAUGAGUCCAUUUUUCCAUUAUGCCCAAAGCUUAGGGCGUAUACGCGUAUGUUUCCUCAUAUUUUUGCUUACGCAAACAUAUAUACUACAAGAAAUAAUCAACAGAAUUUUGCAUAUCACCACCAUUUGUAUCCAUACCGUAGUUCCUGUGAAACCAACGCCUACUUUCAGCUAUUCGGUCGGCUACAAUCAAUCACGUAUCCUUUGCAACAUAGCGAUACAUAGUACAAUAUACAGUGCUAUUUCUAAACCAUUACAUAUAAAGUGUUUGAAAGUUGAGGUCUUGAUUUCCAAGUCAGGUGUUAUUAAGACAAUAGGUAGCUUGUCAGCAAUGGCAAGUGAAAGACGAGCGAGGGGCAAGCACAAAACACGCUGAGAUUGAAAUAAAAUUUUGGGAAUGGAACGCGUAGCGUGACUAUUCUGCUAAAG